AUGGUCGAGUUACUCGAGCAUGCCACAACUGUCGCAAACAGAAGAACAAGUGUUCUGGUCAUCGACCUUCUUGCCUCCGGUGCGAGGAGGCCAAUGUUCUUUGCGUCUACGUCGAUGGGAAACGAGAGAGAAAUGCUAGCCUUAACGAGCCAACUCCAACUCUACGAAUCUCUCGUGCGCGAUAUUUAUCCCAAACUCGACGUCGAGCUGGCCAAAUUCGUUGACCAAGCUCUCGGAAAAAUAGCUAGUCUUCCCCCGUCAUCGCCGACCGUCGCCAAAAUACCAGAUGAACCAGACCCGUCAACCCCAACACUUUCCUACGUGGAUCAUACGCUGGAGGACUUUAAUAGAGACAUUUCCCUACAAGCGAUUGGCUUUAUAGGAGAGCAUUCGGCAACCGCAUGGCUAUACAGACUUAGGUGCUUGAUCGGGAAGACAAGUUCCAACUCGGACGGCCAAUUCGAGGAACCAGCCCGUCCGUCAAUUGCUUCCUGUACAUUCUUUAUGGACGAUGCCGGAAUCCUGCCGACAAACGACACAGAUGUCUUCGCCUAUCCGCCACAAGCAGUCGCCGAUGAACUUGUGGACAGAUACUUCCAAGUUGCGCACGCCUCUUUUCCCGUCGUCGGUAAAGAAAUUUUUCUAAGCCAGUGUCGGUCAUUCUAUUCGAACUCAACAAAACACCCUGGAAGCAAGUGGAUGGCGUUAUUAAAUAUGGUGUUUGCAAUCGCUGGAAGACAUUCUGAGCUUUCGAGAGACCAACCUCAACUAGAUUACAAUACCCACUCGGUGUACUUUUCCCGUGCCAGGCGAUUAAGCAUGGGAAACGGUGCGCUGUUGGAUCACCCCAACCUGCAGCAGACACAGAUAGAGGGAUUAAUAUCACUUUAUUUGCUUUCCAUCGGACAGGUCAAUAGGGCAUGGAGAACAUGUGGUAUUGCAAUUCAGUCCGCGAUUGUGAUGGGAAUCCACCUUCGUACUGAAAGUCCCAGCAUCACCCACGUGUCCAAGGAAACCAGAUAUCGGCUAUGGUGGGCACUGUACAUGCUGGACAUCCUGCUCUCUGUGAUGACUGGACGCAUGCCGAGAAUUCAACCGGAACACUGCACAACCCCUUUGCCAGUGCCUUACAAGGAGGAGGAGUUCUGGGACGAGCAUGUAAGGAGGCUUAUUUUGGACAAUCAAUCCAGAGCCCGCCUCAUGGAUUCUCUACUCUCCUUUGAUCCGACUGAAGUGAAUGACCCUUUAGCCCAUUCACCUUCUCCGCAGUCCACGUCUCAACGGGAAUCAUUCAGCCAGCAACCCCAGGCUAACGUCUCACUAUACUUACUUUAUUCCAUUGACUUGGCAGUCAUGAUGAGACAAGCAAUUGAAAUUUUGUAUUCUCCCGAAGCGCGCCGCCGACAAUUGGUUUGCUCGGCUUCCUGA